AUGGAAAGAACAAACUCCAGGAGACGCAAGGGAGGAAAUCCUAAAGAGAAUGGCUCGCAUAAUGUUGUGGCUUCAGGAUCCAAGACAUCAGCGAGUUCAGUGACAGACCAGAUACCAACACCUCCAAAGACACCAUUCGGAAAUAUAAAAUCGGCUGGAUACUUGUUCGGCCUGUUCUUGUUCCUCCUCGUGUCUGCCUUACUUCUCAAUCAGCUGGACGGUGAUUCACGGCUGCUCAAGGACGUCCAUAACAUCUUCGGACAUGGCUUGCCAGACCACAGACAGACCAACGGUGACAUUGCGAUAAAACUACACCCCGAAGCACAUACUAGCCGCCCGCCGACUACAUUGACCUUCGACUGGGAGAUUACUAAGGGAUAUCGAUACCCAGAUGGUGUUCGCAAAGAGGUAUAUCUCAUCAAUGGCUUCUUCCCAGGCGAGACGAUUGAAGCUCGUUCAGGCGAUCGAAUCAUUGUCAAUGUCACCAAUCUCCUCCAAGACGAAGGCCUCGCCAUACACUGGCAUGGAUUAAGAAUGGAACAUGCCAACGACAUGGACGGUGCGGUUGGCCUGACCCAGGAUCCGAUUCUGAGAGGUGAAAGCCAUCUCUACAAUUUCACCAUUGGGGAGGAGGAGUUUGGCACGUUCUGGUACCACGGACACGAAAAAACACAAAGAGACGACGGCCUGUAUGGUGGUCUCGUGGUCUAUCGACCACUCAGCCAGCUCGAUGAGAAACAAAGAUACCGGUAUGAUGAGGAGAUUCUGCUGCUGAUAGGCGAUUGGUAUCAUCGACCAAGCACAGAGGUACUCCGCUGGUACAUGAACUCUAGGUCCUUUGGGAAUGAGCCUGUGCCGGAUUCUUUGGUGGUGAAUGGCAAAGGAGACUUCUCCUGCGACAUGGCAGUUCCAGCAAGGCCGGUGGAGUGCGUCCCGUCGAGCGAACGAAGUGAUCGGCCUCAUCUACAAGUCGAAAGUGGCCAGCGCUACCGUCUACGCUUAGUCAAUACGGGCUCGCUGGCUGGCUUCUCGAUGAGGAUGCAUAAUACGAGCUUCUCCCCUUUCCAGGUUGAUGGCGGUCACGAUAUCACAAUGGUCGAGGCUCAAGAGGUCGGGAUCGUCUAUCCCGGAGAGCGCGUGGAUGUCAUUCUACAGACCGGUGCGAGCGACGGCCAAGGCUACCUUGAUAUUGAAUUGGAUGAUGAGAACUUCAAAUACCCGAAUCCAGCCCUCGAACCGUUGCAGAGAUUUCCUGUCAAGCGUGGAACCAGAUCUAGUUACCAGAGCCAACUUCUUCAACCAGAGCUCGAAUACUACAACCUCCAGGCAGCGUUGCCGAAUAACAGUCUUCCGAUUGCGUGGUCGGAUACACCAUUGCAGUUUGUCGUCUACACAACAACUCUCAAACUGGCUAGACACCACAAUAUCCCCAUGGGCUUCAUCAAUCAUACGAGCUGGACACCUCAGUCGCCGCCAUUGCUUUCCCUGCCUCGAGAUCAAUAUAAUCAGAACCAGCUGUCGCCACACAUCCCGCUAGUCAAGGAUGGUCAUGACACUAUUGCUGGCGGUUCUGGCGGAUGGGUCGAGAUUGUCAUCAACAACCUCGACGACGGUGGCCAUCCGUUCCAUCUACAUGGAUACUCCUUCUACGUCGUCUCCGUGUUCCCACCACCAACCCCCUGGAGCAGUGAGAAACCGCCCUUCACCGCAGGAGGCACUGCCAUGUACAAUUACAAUCCAUUCGCCAACCCACCGUCAGAGUCCCCUGCAGGUCUGUACAAUUUAGAGAAUCCGCCAAAGAAGGAUACGGUCUUCGUCCCCCAAAGAGGCUACGCCGUGAUCAGGUUCCGAGCCGACAACAAGGGUACCUGGAUGAUGCAUUGUCACGUCGGAUGGCACCUCGGGAGUGGCAUGGCCAUGAGCUGGGAAGUUAGCUGA